AAAACCAAACAGCCGGUGUGAAGUGUUCAGACCUGCACAGACACAAACACACCGCCGCCACCGGGACGUGCUGCUACACCGGACGACUUCUACUAUUCCUACAUUCUUUAAUGUAUUCUUACUGGUCUGUUUAUUAGUAGUACACGUGUGCCACGAUGAUGACGAAUGGUGGAACCACAAGGCUGUACACGGUGGAGGACAUCAGAAAACAAGAACAUGACAAGGAGGGGUGCAGGCGACUGAGGCUCACACUACACGAGCAGAAGCAAGCAGCUCCGACAUCACAGCACCAGCAGCACAGAGAUAAGCCGGUUGGACGUGCGUUUGCACUGGUGCAGCCCGCCAACGACGGCACGCUUGUGACCCCUGAGCCCAUCAAAGCUAAAGAGGAGCAGGUGGAGGUCAUCAAGGUGUAUUUGGAGGCUCGCAGACAAGAAAACCAAAAACAGAGUCAGAACCUGAAGAUGCUGUCCGACGAAGUUUCCCAGAUACAAGAGGUGAGGUACUGCCUGAAGACACUGAGGGAGCAGAUGGCGUCCAAAAGCAAGAUGCACACAAACGGGUGGAAGGUGACCUCCCCAUUCAAGAAGCAAGCCUCCUCUAGCCAGAAAGGCGGAGACAAAAGUGAUGGACAGGAGGCAAGCGAGGAGGCGGAGAGGACCAAGCUGAGAGAAGUGAGUAAGCGCUUGUACGCGCAGCUUCAAGAUGCUGAGAAGAAGCACCAGGAGGAGAGAGAGAAGCUGCAGGCUGAAGGCAGCAUGCUGAGGGAGCGUCUCAGCGACCAGGAGGAGAAGCUGAAGAGCACUGAAGAAGCCAUUGAAAUGAAAGACCAGCGCAUAGAGGAGCUCCAGAGGCUACUGGGAGGCAUGGAGAAGGAGAGCGCCACCUUGAGGGAGACCAUUCGCCAUCAUGAAGAGGAACUGUGUGAGCUACGCCACAUCCGAGAGGAGGGCCCGAAGGGACAGCAAAGGGCAGAGCAGUUGGAGAAGGAGGUGGCCAUUCUCAAGGAGAAGAUCCACCAUUUGGACGACAUGCUGAAAAGCCAGCAGAGGAAAGUCAGGCACAUGAUUGAACAGCUCCAGAACUCUCGCAUGGUGAUCCAGGAGCGGGAUCGUGUGAUCAAAGAGCUGGAGGAGAAAGUAGCCUUCCUGGAGGCUGAGAACCGAGAGAUGCACGACCAGAUGGACUACUUCCUGGGAGGGUCAAAAAACCAUUCUUACCUUUCAUCAGAACACAAGCCCCAGAUUGUCUACAGUAAACCAAUCAAGCCGACCACCUCCUCCAACAAACCACUGCCGUUCAUCAAGGUCAUUGAAAUCAAGUCUUGAGGCCGUCAAGAAGAGAAGGUUUUUUUUACAUUUUUUGAAGCACCAAAGUUAGAUUUUUUUCCUGUAUGCGGACUGAAAACCACUGCCACUCCCCACCUGAAGUGGUCAGACUGCAACAAAUACUUUUAUUUAGCCUCUUGAAGGAUGCAGUGCACUUGUAGUGAGCGCUUUGUAGGCCACUGAGUGGGCUUCCUGUACAGACACGCUUAUGUACUUCACAUAUUGCAUAAUGUGUGCUUUGCUUGGAGAGGUGUGCAAAGUGCAGGAUGAGAUCAUAAAGAGUAAUGUAGCACUGAUUGUUAUGUCUCCCAUCACUUUCCAGUGUGUCGUAUGAAGUUUGACAACUGUAAAGGCUACUUUUAUGUACUUUUUUUUUUCUAUAACCACAUGGUUAUAUGACGUAAGCACCUACUGAAAGUGUGCAGAAAGUCAGUAGAAGGUGAAAACUGUUAAGACGUGUUAGAUGAAGUGUCGUUCAUUUGACAUACAUCCUGCAAAGCAUUUAAUUUGUCAUUGUUGCAUAAACAGCAGCACAGCUUGAAUGUCAUUUUUCAUUUCUAACAGCUUUCUUCUCUGUAUUUAUUUAUAUUAAAAUAAAAGCUUUCGACUAAUU